CUUCUUACUUGAACAGCGACCUACACUGCUGAAACUAGAAGCUGCUUCAGCAUUCUUCUGUCACUUACUUUCUGACAACAGAUCGACUCUGAUUGUAAAUAUGUUUUUAAUGGACAUAUUCUGCCAUCCUCUCUGGGCAGCCUUAUCUGCGCUGCUGGCUGUUGUUGUGCGCUUGCAGCGCAGAGCCCACUGGGAUCCGCAAGCCUGCGCCGUGCGUCUCACAGGGAAGACUGCCAUAGUAACAGGAGCCAAUACAGGUAUUGGGAAGUUCAUCGCCUUGGACUUUGCACGCCGUGGUGCGCGGGUCAUCCUGGCAUGCCGAAGCGAGUCCCGGGGCAAAGCAGCCCUUAAUGAAAUCCAGCAGAUUACCGGGAACCAAGACAUCCAUCUGCGCAUUGUAGACGUCUCCUCGAUGGACUCUGUCAGAGCGUUUGCAAAGAGGAUCCUUGAGGAGGAGAAAGCACUCCACAUACUCGUAAACAAUGCGGCAGUAUCAGGUUUGCCCAGACAGAUGACCAAAGAUGGGUUUGAGGCUUCUUUUGCCACCAAUCAUCUGGGACCAUUUCUGCUCACCAACCUGCUGCUGGACCUCAUCAAGCGUUCCGCUCCGGCACGUAUUGUUACUGUCAGUUCAGUAAACCACAAGAGGGGUAAAGUGGACUUCACCCACUUUCAUGGCCAGAACCUUGUGUACCAAAUGGAUCAGGUCUACAAUCACACCAAGCUGCACAACAUCAUCUGCACCAAUGAACUGGCACGAAGGUUACAGGGCACAGGUGUCACCGCCAACUCCGUCCACCCGGGCGUUGUCAUGACUGAGGUGAUGCGAUAUUAUCCGUUCUGGGUCCGUUAUCCUUUUAACCUCAUUGGGUUUUUCUUUUUUAAGUCACCAGAAGAGGGUGCAGUGAGCCCGAUCUACUGCGCCAUGUCCGAGGAACUGGAAGGGGUAACUGGGAAGUAUUUUGACAGCGACUGUUCCCUGGUCCUUCCUGCCCCCUUGGCUCGAGACGCUGCUCUCGCUGUAAAGGAUUUUGAGAUCUGCGAGAGGCUGACUUCAAAGCUCUAAAGCAACAAGGACUGAGAACCAGAAAUAUUGUGAAAUAAUGUCGGGAGUUGGAACCUUUUGAACAGUUUUUGUCAUGAUUUCCUGCCAGAUGACCUGCAAUGAUUGUUUUACUAAUUCAUUCAAGCCCAAUGUUUCCCAUGAUGUUUCUUAAUUCUGAUCACCUUUGACACAUUUUUCCUAACUUUGAGUAAGUAAACAAUCACAUCAGAUUACA